UUUUAAUAUUAACAUGUCAUCUGUACCUUCUAUGAAUUUAUUUAGUGGACCUGAAAUCUAAAAGACUAGGUCUGUUUAUCGUCCUUUUGGAACAUAUCAAUCAAAUUACUAUUCAUUACCACCCAAACCUUUAUAUCCAGAAAAUUAUUAUUCUUUGCCAUCUUAUCAUGAUUAUUUGGCAGAUCAAGGAAGAAUAGAUUAUAAUUAAUCCUAUCCUGAAUACAUUGAUAGAGAACAUUAUGUCCCAAUUAAAUAUGAAAGCCCUUUCUAAACACUUUACAAGUAUGACAAAACUAAUCCAACUCCUAAAGAUGCAUUCAUUACACCUUAUAGACCAAAAGAACCAACAGAUGAAGAAAUCUAAGAACAUGUUCCUAUUAUUGAUUUAGUAAUUGAAUAAUAAAGAUUUUAUUCUCAUUUUAAAGAUCAUGGUCUUCCAAAAGGAUAUGCUGAAAAAGAUUAUUAAAGAGAAUUAGAAGAUAGGUAUAAUAGAGAUCUUUCAUAACAAAUUAAUAAUGGUUAUAAAUUAGAAGAAACUAGAACUAAAAAAGAAAUUGAUUAAUUUUAUAGAAAUAUUAAGGUUGCUGUUGAUGAAAGAGGAAGAGUUCAAAUUAAUAACAUUAGAUAACCAAUGUAAAUUCAAAAACCUCUUUCAACUAUUUACAAAACCACAGAAGAUACGAAUAAAGUUGCCAGCAAUUUAUAAACAAUUGAUAAUAAUAAUACUUACUAAUAGUCUAAUAAAUAACAAGAAUAAUCAUUUAUCAAUUAAUUUUAAGGAUCCUUUAAUCCUUAUUCAUAAACACCAUAAUAGUAAUAAUAAUAAUAGUAAUAACCACUUUAAACUGAAGAUAAAGUACCAUCUGAAAAAAAUUCUGUUGUUAUACCCAUUGCUGGUGAUUCAAAUUUAUAGUAAUCAUAACUUGAAUAAUCCAAAAUAAUUACUAGUAAUGAAUGA